AUGAGCGACGUCAGCAGGUGGCAAUCAGCGGCAGCGACGGGCAAACCUGGUCGUCGGGCGCCUGGCAGCGCGCCUGCUGUCGCCGCAGCGUCUCCCUUCGAUCUAUCCUCUUCCGCCACUCCUUCUCCUCCGCUCGCCUCCUUGCGCCCGGUACCGCCGCAGAUCCCUCUCGCCCCGCGCGCGCCCCACCAUCCCGCCGCAGAUAAGCCGCUGGCUUCCGCUCAUCCCACGCGCUCCCUGUCAUCGUCGCAGCCGCACAGCAAAUCCCGCCGUCUGCCCUUCCGCUUCCCCGCGCGCGCCGUGUCCCCCAAGGCGCGCGCGCUCUGCCACUACGCCGCGCUCACCGUCGCCGCCGCCCUCUUUCUCGUCGUGUGGAUCGCCUUCCAGCCCGACGCGCCCCCCCUGCCCGACGCCCGUGACUCCAAUGGGGGCGCCGUCCCACACCGCCGCUCGCAUGAAGCGCUACGAGGCUGCCCGGUGUGCGGCCGCGGCGAGGACAAGCUGCCGCCGUUGGUGCGCCCGCUGUCCGCGCGCGGCGCCAAGGUGCGCCUCUGCAUGGGCAGCACCGCCGCGCCGUUCGCGCAGGGCACGUUCGUGAGCCCCGAGGAGGCGCGCGACGGGGCGAGCUUCGGCAGCCGGUUCGCGCAGCUGACGGUGUUCGAGGCGGAGGCGCUGCACGAGGCGGCGGACGGCGCGGGGGGCGCGCGCGGAGGCGGCGGGAAGGCGGGGCGGCAGGGGCAGGGAGGGGCGGCGGUGGUGACGACGUGGGUGCGGCUGCUGGCGUUCCUGGAGGACGAGGAGUCGAUCCGCAAGACGCAGUGGGAUGGGUGGGGCGCGGCGGAGCUGAGCGACGUGUACUGGCGGGGCGCGCUGGCCGUGAAGUGCCUGGUGUGGCCGGGCCACGACCCCGCCCUGCACAGUGUGGCGCCCGCCGUGGUGGUGGACGCCGUGGUGCGCCACCGCCACCCCUGGCACAUCGCCCUCGAAUGCCCCCUCCCGCCCUUCGCCCCUCCGCCUUCCCCCUCCUCCUCCUCGCCUCCUGCGGACACUUCUGCGGACCCCUCGGAAGACGCGGCAGUGCCGGUGCGCGUGAGGGUGAGUCGGCGGGAGGCGCGGCGGCACUACGUGGAGUACGGGCAGCGCCUGCAGGUGCAGCUGGUGGCGGCCCACAACGGCUCCGACCUGCGCAUGCCGCCACUGCUGCUCUGCCGUGCUGAUGGUGAUGGCGACGGCAGUGGCGACGGCAGUGAGGGCCUCAUCGACCCCGGCAGCCGCGCCCCACCGUUCCCCUUCGCUGCCGUGGAGAGGGAGGUGGCUGCCGCCGCUAAUGCAGGCUCAGGAGGAGGCUCGGAACUGGCGAGGCUGAUGGGGGGGGAUGCGGGAGGAGUGGGGGGCAAAGCGAGGAUGAAAGGAGCGGGGAAAGGGGAGGGCGCGGGGGCGGAGGGGGGCAGUGCGGAGGAGAUGCUGGUGGAGUAUGGGGAGGACGCUGCCACGCAGGAGCAGGGGGGCAGCACCACUGCACACAGCAGCAGCAACAGUGGGGGCGGCAGGAGGAGGGCGAUGGGGGCGGUGGCGAUCUGCCUGCGCCCGUUCCACACGCGGCAGCUCUUCUCGCUGGACGUGGCCUUCUCCCACGCGCGCCUGCUGGAGUGGAUCGACGCGGCGCUGCUGAUGGGCGUGGAGCACGUGUACGUGUACGACCGCCACGCCACCGCCAUCACCGCCCUGCUCGCGCCCUACAUGGAGCGCGGGCAGGUGCAGCACGUGCCCUUCCCUCCCUGGAGCGAGGUCUUCUUCCGCCACGCCCUCUACGCUGGCAAGGCCCGCGUGCCGUACCUGUUCCCGGAGAUCUACGAUCAGAUUAUAUCGUACGAGCACUGCCUCAUGCAGGGGCGGCGGAGGGGAGACCGGUGGCAGCUGCACAUAGACAGCGACGAGUUCGUGUGGUACGAGCCGCGCACGGGGGGCUUCCUCAAGCCGCUGCUCGCCCGCCUUGAGCUCAACCACUCGCGCUCUCGACCCCGAAGCAGCAAGGAGCCCCUGCGGGUGAUUCAGCUGCGGCGCUUCAACUUCUGGGGGGUGGAGGCGGAGUCGCGGCGCGAGCCGGUGUUGGACCGCCUGACGUGGCGCUGCGCUCAGCCCAUGUGGCACACGGAGGGGUGGGCGGGCUGGCAUGACAAGCUCGCUGUCAACCCACAAACCAUCCUGCCCUACUCGGUGGCGAUCCACACCACCACGGCGCCCCCAGAGUCGGUGGCAACGGCGCCGCGGGACGUGCUGCACCUGAACCACUUCACGGCGACGGCCAUCGACCUCGCGCAGCACCCCUGCCGCUCCUGGGUCAAGCCCGUGCUGGACCAAGGCCUCACGUGGGUCACCCCGCGCGCCCUCAAGUGCCGCGCCCUGCCCUGCCGCCGCUCCACGCCCCUCGAGUGCUGGCCCUUCUGCAUUCUGCCGUGGCAGGGGAACGACGAUGGCAGGAGGGGCAGUGCUGGUGGGGGUGUAGGGCCACGGGUGGCUAAGACAGAAGUUUUCUCCCUGUCGCCUUUCACAUCGUCGUCCUCGUCGACGGUUGCUCUCUCCCUGAAAUGCCCGCCGCCCCCUAACGCCUUUCUUCUCUCCCCUCCCAUCGCCUGCUCGCUCUCCCUCCUGUCGCCUUCUUCUCUCCCCUUGGUCGCCUGCUCGCUCUCCCUCCCGUCACCUUCUUCUCUUCCCUCCCGUCGCCUUCGCGCUCUCUCCCCCGUUGCCUUCGCGAUCUCCCUCCCGUCGACUGCGCGCUCUCCCUCCCGUCGCCCUUGCAAUUUCCCCUCUCUUCCCGUCGCCCACUUCAUCUCCUAUCGCUCACGUCCUCCCUUCUCGUCGGCAUCGCGCUCACGUUCCUCCCUCCACUCGACAUUGCCCUCACGUCCUCCCGUCCCACCCCAUCGUUCGCCUCCUCUCUCCCAUCCCGUCGUUCACCUCUUCUCCCCUCCCACCCCAUCGUUCGCUUCCUCUCCCCUCCCAUCCCGUCGUUCGCCUCCUCUCCCCUCCCAUCCCGUCGUUUCUCCUCUCUCUCCCCUUUCUUCCCGUCGCUUUUGCACUCUCCCCUCCCAUCCGCUGGUUAUUACCUUGCCAAACUUAUUUUCUCCACCCUUUUUUUUUAACUUCUUUCAGCCCCAAGUCCAAGGAUAA